AUGGCGGGGCUGCGGGCGCUGUGGCUCUGCGCCGCGGUGCUGGGCGCGGGGGGGCACCCGCAGCCCUGCCGCGUCCCGGCCCGCGCCGGCCCCGCCGUGCGCCUGGGCGCGCUGCUGCCGCCCGCCGCCGCCGGCCGCGUCCGCGCCGCGCUGGCCCGCGCCGCCGGCGCCGGCCCCGGCCCCGGGGGGGAGCCCGGCGCUGGGGGCGGCCCCGGGGGCGCGGCGCUGCCCUACAACCUGAGCCUGGAGGUGGUGGCGGGCGCCCCGGCGGCGCGGGACCCCGGCUCGCUGGCGCGCUGGCUGUGCGCGGCGCUGGUGGUGCGCGGCGUGGCCGCGGUGCUGGCCGUGCCCCGCUCCCGCCGGGAGCUGCUCCAGCUCGACUUCCUCGCCGCCGCCCUGCAGCUCCCCUUCCUCAGCGUCCUCGACACCGGCGGGCCCCUGCCCUUCCGCUCCCAGAACCCUUUCCACCUCCGCAUGGACCGGCAGAGCUCCCUGGAGACACUGGUGGACGUGCUGGCCAGUGUCCUCCAGGCCAAUGACUGGCACGAGGUCAACCUGGUGCUCUGCCACCCCUGGGACGUUGCCAGCUUCCUCGGGCUCUGGACCCACCGCACCCAGCUCUUCCUCCGCGCCGUCCUGGACCUCAGCUACCUCGACGAGCCUGGGGCCACCCGCCGCCUCCGCCAGCACCUGCACCGCUUCCAGGUGCUCUCCAGCCCGGUGCUGGUGUUUGGCUGCAACCUGCAGCGUGCCCGGCUUGUCUUCCAGGCGGCCGAGGCGUCGGGGCUGCCGCCGCAGGAGUUUCACUGGCUGCUGGGCUCCCCGCUCAGCGCCAGCGAGCUGCAGACCGAGGGGCUGCCCCUGGGGCUCCUGGCCUACGGGGAGGUCAACAGGCCCCCGCUGGAGCACUUCAUCCAGGAUGCGGUGGAGCUGGUGUCCCGGGCCAUCGCCGGUGCCGCCCACGUCCGCCCCGACCUCACCCUCAUCCCCACCACGGUGAACUGCAAUGACGAGCGCCAGGAGGGCACCGAGUCCUCGGGGCUCUUCCUCUCCCGGUUUCUGGCCAACACGUCCUUCCACGGCCGGACGGGACACGUGUCCGUGCACAAAGCAACACUUGUGCACACAGAGCACCAGUACCGUAUCUGGAGCCUGCUGCGGGACUCACGGGGCGAGCCGACGUGGGUGACGAUGGGCACCUGGCACCACGGCAAGCUGGAGCUGGAGGAGGGCACAUGGCAGAGCCACCUCCAGCACAAGAGCCGUGGUGAUGGGGCCGGCGGCUCCCGCAUGAAGCUGCGAGUGGUGACACUGGUGGAGCACCCCUUCGUCUUCACCAGGGAGGUAGAUGAGGACGGGAGCUGCCCAGCCGGGCAGCUAUGCCUGGACCCCGGCACCAACGACUCAGCCGUGCUGGAUGCCCUCUUUGAGGAGCUCAGCACCGAGAAUGGUUCAGUGCCACGGGAGUACAAGAAGUGCUGCUACGGGUACUGCAUUGACCUGCUGGAGAAGCUCGCUGAGGACCUGCCCUUUGACUUCGAGCUCUACAUUGUGGGUGAUGGGAAAUACGGGGCAUGGAAGAACGGGCGCUGGACUGGCCUGGUGGGGGACCUGCUCAGUGGCACUGCCCACAUGGCAGUCACCUCCUUCAGCAUCAACUCAGCACGGAGCAAAGUCAUUGACUUCACCAGCCCCUUCUUCUCCACCAGCCUGGGCAUCCUGGUGAGGACCAAGGACACGGCUUCACCCAUCGGGGCCUUCAUGUGGCCUUUGCACUGGACCAUGUGGGUGGGCAUCUUCGUGGCUCUGCACAUGACUGCACUCUUCCUCACCCUUUACGAGUGGAAGAGCCCCUACGGUAUGACUCCCCAUGGCCGCAACCGCAUGAAGAUCUUCUCCUACUCUUCGGCCCUCAACCUGUGCUACGCCAUCCUCUUUGGGCGCACUGUGUCCAGCAAGACACCCAAAUGCUGCACCGGCCGCUUCCUUAUGAACCUCUGGGCCAUCUUCUGCCUCCUGGUGCUUUCCAGUUACACAGCCAACCUUGCUGCUGUCAUGGUGGGGGAGAAGACCUUUGAGGAGCUCUCAGGCAUCCAUGACCCAAAGCUGCACCACCCAUCGCAGGGCUUCCGCUUCGGCACGGUGUGGGAGAGCAGCGCUGAGGAGUACAUCAAGAAGAGCUUCCCCGAGAUGCAUGAGUACAUGCGGCGCUACAACGUUCCCACCACCCCCGCCGGCGUCACCAUGCUCAAGACGGAGCCGCCCAAGCUCAACGCCUUCAUCAUGGACAAGUCCCUGCUGGACUACGAGGUCUCCAUUGACUCGGACUGCAAGCUGCUCACCGUGGGCAAGCCCUUUGCCAUCGAAGGCUACGGCAUCGGCCUCCCGCAGAACUCGCCGCUCACCUCCAACAUCUCCGAGUUCAUCAGCCGCUACAAGUCGGCCGGCUUCAUCGAUCUGCUGCACGACAAGUGGUACAAGAUGGUGCCCUGCGGCAAGCGGGUCUUCGCUGUCACCGAGACCCUGCAGAUGGGCAUCUACCACUUCUCGGGGCUCUUCGUGCUGCUCUGCAUCGGGCUCUGCGGCUCCCUGCUCACCUCCCUGGGCGAGCACAUCUUCUACCGCCUCAUCCUGCCCCACAUCAAGCGGAAGAAGAAGUUCAACUACUGGCUGCACACAAGCCAGAAAAUCCACCGGGCGCUGAACACAGGCACAGAGGAGCAGAAGAACCAGAAGCUCAGCUUGGAGAAGAGGAGCAACAUCCAGCAGAGCCAAGCGCCAGCCAUGGGGCAGCCCUGGCACAGCCUGCGGAAGGAGGCGCGCCGGGUGCACUUCCAGCUGGAGCAGGCCCCCGAGCGCGAGGGUCCCGUGUGGCUCCGCACGAACGGGCGGGCGCCGCAGCCCGGGGACAGGGAAGCCAGCGAGACCGAGCUGCGGGCGCUGGACGCGAAGAUCGAGGCGAUCCGGGACCAGCUGCAGGCGGCCCUGGUGCGGAAGAGCGAGCUGGUGGCCGCGCUGGGCCCCGCCGGGAGCAGCCAGGCGCUGCCCUCCCAGCCUGCCGCGCCGGCGCCGCGGGAGGCCAGGCUAGCAGCCGCCCAGCCCAGCCCAGCCCCACCGCAGGACAGCAGCGGUUAGUGCUCUGCCUUCAUCUCAGCCGCAGGAGAGCCCCAGUCGGUCCCACGUGCUCAAGCUCCCUGGCCGGGCAGGCACAGGAGCGAGGAGGUGAGUAGCCCUCACCGUGCAGCACGACUGGAGCUGCCAGCAGAGCAGAAGCACAUCUGCAACAGCGGUGGGAGCAGGAAGGGUUUAGACCCAAGUCGCCCCUCUGGGAGAGCCAGCUGCAGGGAAGCGACACUGAGCUGCUCUCCGCCUCAAACCAGAAACUGAGUCCUCCUCAGGCAAAGGGUGAGUGAUGGACACCACCAGCGCUGGCCUCUUUCUCACCCUGAGGGCUGCAGGAGGUCACAGACCCCAGAGAAGACUUUCCUCUUCCCUUGCCAGCCUCUAAGAGAGGAAAUUAAAUAACUUCAGUCUAAACACGGGUAACCAGAGAAGGCCAUAAAAGGAUGAGGUUGAUGGUUCAGCAAAAGACACUGCAGGAACAUCCUCCCUCCCUGCAGAUUCUCCCUUCGCACAGAGCCUGAAAAAUGCUGGUGAAUGCUAGUGCUGGGGACUUGGGCUCCCUGGUCCCUGUCCUGCCCAGCCCUCACAUGGACCUGGGCAGGUCAGCCCCAACGGGAGCGAGCAGGACCCUGCUUCUUCAAGGUGCUGGCAGACCCUCACCUCCUAGGACAGCGGCAGCCAGUGUCUAAGACAGCCUGCAGACAGCAGAGGAUCCUCACACAUCAAUUUCCAGCAGGAACCCAGCACAACCGCUAGUAGGAAAACCAGAGCAGCACCACAGCAGCUGUUAGAUAUAAUAUUUAUUAUUAUAUACAAACACAUUUUGUACAUUAAUUAAAUAGA